CCGCCUCCAGCUCCAGGCAGCGCAGUAGCUGCUGCUGGGAUCAGCACGCUGUUAUUAUCUGUGAUACCCAUACAGCCGGGAGCUAGCAGCAGCAGGAAAGUAAAUCAAGUUAUUCUUGCCCUGGACAAUGCGCACUAUCUCGGGUUUAAUGUUCCUGGUUGCCGCGGCUACGUUCUACCUUUACCUCCUCUCGACCAACCUUCCCCCGGGACCGAAGCGAAAGUUCCCACAGGAUGAGCGCGAAAAGUCAGGCGAAGACUCGGACCCUGACACGGAAUCGGAGGAAGUCAGAACUCUGACGUUCCCCUCUGACCUGGAGGAGCUGCAGGAGGUGGCUGAGUUGCUAAAGUUCUACAAGACAGAGCACACUGCCUACGUACUGCUGCUCUUCUGCAGCGCAUACCUCUACAAGCAGUCCUUCGCCAUCCCUGGCUCUUCCUUCCUGAACAUGCUCGCAGGGGCCUUAUUCGGACCCUGGCAGGGCCUCUUCCUCGCCUGUGUCUUGACCACGGUGGGCUCGACCAACUGCUACCUGCUCUCCAGAACCUUUGGCAAGCAGCACAUCGUGAGGCUGUUCCCUGACAAGGUCUCCCUGCUGCAAAGGAAGACAGAGGAGAACCGGAGCAGUCUAUUUUUCUUCCUGUUGUUCCUGAGGUUCUUCCCCAUGACUCCAAACUGGUUCCUGAAUGUCACGGCUCCCAUCCUGAAUAUCCCCAUCUCCAUUUUCUUCUUCUCUGUCCUCAUUGGUCUGAUCCCGUACAACUUCAUCUGCGUGCGCACCGGCGUCAUCCUCUCCGAGAUCUCGUCUCUGGAUGACCUCUUCUCUUGGAGCACCCUGCUGCAGCUCCUGGCCAUCGCUCUGGUAGCUCUUGUCCCAGGGGCUCUGAUCAAGCACUAUAGCCAGGGGGCGCUGAAGCUGGACGAACUCGACAAGAACGGGCACCAACUCGACAAGAAGCUCAGAUGACCGGCGUUGACUUAAGCCAACUGUUUUUUUUUUUUUUUUUUUUUUUUUUUUUUUUAAAAGUGUUUUAUUUUUGUCUUAAUGAAUUUUAUAGCAAGCGUGUGUUGGUUUUUAAAACGAUGUGAACUGGUUAGGACUGUGUGGCUCUGUAGCUUCGGUACUGAUUUGUUAGCUGUUUGGGGAGUGAGUUGACACAAUGGCCGCAUGGGUUCGCUGUGUCACCUGAGAAUAGGAUUAAAUAGCCUUGGAAACUCCCCCCGUCUUUCUUUGGACACAUUGGUGAGGGGAUUGUGUGUGUGUGUGUGUGUGUGUGUGUGUGUGUGUGUCUGUCUAUUUGUUAGGAUAUAUUUAUAAUGUGGCUACCCGCUGCCAGACCAUCACAUUUAUGAGCACUUCA